AUGCAGCCAAUCCCUCCCUAUUUCACCCCUACCAAUCCGGAUGAGUACCUCAUCAACGGACGCCGGGAGAACCACACGGAGAAAGAGUUUCUGAAAGGCAAAUCGACGUUUUGGCAGAUGAAAUACUUUAAGCAGCUGGAUGCGAUGCGAAACCAAACCCUGUAUCGUCUUCGCCGCUCAAUGAACCUCACCGUACCAUACACGGAAGAGGAGCUUCGCCAAGCCGCCCAAAAAAGCACGAGUGAAACGACCGUCUGGGUGGGUCGACCUCGCCACGAGUUCUACACAGCGGACCCGAAAUACUAUUCCGGGCUGUCUCCGAUGCUAAUGGACGGGUUUACGUACUGCGAAGAUGAGACGCUGGUGGUGGAAGCGUUGUUUAACUUGAAAUACAUGUACGUGGUGUCCGGACGAAACAAAACGCGAAUCAGCAUGACGGACACGUGGGUUUGCACACACGCGGGACAGACGGAAACGAAUCACUAUCGCGUGGAUCCCGACAAACACAUCAUCAUCACAGAAUUCAAAUUUAAGAACCAAUGCUCGACAGCGAGCGACACGCAUUACGCAAUUCGAUCCCUUCAGGAAAAUCACUCCUAUUCGCUCGAUCUUGAGUUCCUUCCCGACUUCCGCGCGCAGCGAUUCUAUCUCUCCCUCUGCGUGUUCCUCGAAAACGCGCCGUUAGCGCAGGUGAUCGCGUUUAUCAACCACCAUUUCUUCCAUGGCGUGCAGCACUUCGCGUUCUACAUCAACGGAAAUCUCCCGUAUUGGGAGGAAAAGUUGAGAGCGUAUACCACGCAUGGAAUCAUCGAUCUCAUCGAUUUCACACUGCCCUAUCAUCGUCCGUUCUACGAGCAGCAAGUGAUGAUGAACAGCUGCAAUCGGAGAUAUCGAUACACCACGCAGUUUAUGAUUUUCUGCGAUGUCGACGAGUUUUUCCUGCCCGUCAAUCCGGAUUGGAGAGUGGUCGAUGUCGUGCGAUUGUACGAUUUGGCAUAUCCCAACGUGGAUGGUUUCAGCGUGCGUUUCACAGCGCGAACUGACGUGCGGAAUGACUUUUAUGCGUGUCAGUAUCGCAUUGAGGACUGGCAGAAGUCGAUGCAAAUCCACGAAGUGUGCGAUCGACGAUGCAAAAAAGUGACGAAAGGCGAGCGGCAGAAGACGAUCGUGCGUGUGCGAACCACUCCCUACGUGGAGGUUCAUUUAAUCCGCUAUGGCAAGCGAAUGUACAUCAACCAUAACUUGGAUUUGGUCAUGAUCCACUUCAAGCCUGGCUUCCGCAGACUGCCCUCCGUUCCCAUGUUACAGAAUCCUUUCGUGGAGCAAGCGUUACAUCAUCACGAAACCGUGUAUAAAACAUCGCCAUAUCGCGGAUUCACGACCACCACCGGCUUUCCUUGCUCAGAACGAAAGCUGUACGUCGCAGGCUUCCCUCGCCACACGCCCUCCAGCUUUGCAGACAGAUAUUUCACUCGCCUUUCCAGAAUUUCCGCGACUUCCCGUCGCUGCAUCGCAAAAUCCUCGCUCUCCAGCUUGAUUGGCCUCUUUUCCAACACCACUGCGUACGCGUUUUCGGUCAUCUUCGCUGUCUUCGACGCGUGGAAGCAGAGCUCCAGCACCACCCAGUAG